CCAGGCCCCACUCUCUCUCUCUCUCUCUCUCGCUCUCUAGGCUGCCUGCCUUGCCUUUUGCCUCGGCUGAUCGCAGGGCCCUGGAAGGAGCAGGGAGGGAAGGCAAGGGAAGGCGAGGCAGGCUGGGCUGCUGCUGCUGCUGCUGCUGCUUCCCAAAAGGAGAGAGGAAGGGGCAGCAGGGGUGGACUGCCCUUUAGAGAAGAAGAAGUCCAGCCAUGGCAGCUAUGAAAUGCUGUCUGUCUGGGAACUUGGAUUCAGACGUGUCUCUGGUGGCAAUACUGAAUAUAGAGAGGUGGAGAAAAGCUGUCCAAUGAAACCUGUAAGACAUGGAAGAGCUCUGUGAAGCUGACCGAAGGCUCUCCUAUGCCAGCUUGCUGAAUAAGGAGAGACUGAUGAAGAAUCGCGUUCUACAAUGUACUGACAAUGUUCAGUAUUGCAAUUAAUUGCUUCCACUGAAAUUAUUUCAGGACUACAUUUUUGAAUGACUCUAUUUGAUAACUGUCAAAAAUAGUAAGAAUAAAUAAUCAUCAUAAUUUUAAAAGGACUGCAUUCCCACACACCGUACACUGAAGAGGGAAUACAAAGAAUGCCAUCCAUCACAAGAACUUCAGGUGAGCAAGGCAGCCCCCCCAGGGCCCACAAUGGAGAGACAGAGGUGAGCAGGGCGCCUCUGGAGGAAGGAACCGCCGCCAAGCCCUGCGACAUGGAAGAGAAGAAGGAGAACAACAAGGAGGAGAAAGAGAAUGAGGAGAAAGAGAGGAAGGGGGACAUGAAGAAGGAGAAAGGGAAGGAGGAGAAAGAGAAGGAGGAGAAGGAGAAGGAGGAGAACGGCGGGGAGCCCAGCACUCCUUCCCCUCCACCAUCGGCUCCUUGCAGCCUGUGCUUCCAAGCAGGGAGCCCACUGGAGCCUGAAGCAGAAGCAGCAUCUUCUCCUCCUUCUUUUUCCUCCUCCUUCUCCAGAAGCAGCAGCAUCGUGGUCCAGAGCCAGUGGGAGAUGCACAACAACAACAGCACCACCAAUUCUGGCUCAGAAGAAGAGGAGGAGGAGGAGAGGAGGAGGAAGAGGCAGGUGGACAGGACUGACGCAAGAGGUGGCCAGGAGCCUUCCUUCUCCUCCUCAUCUCCAUCUUCUUCUCCUUCCCAGGAGUUUCUCCCUUGGGUCUCUCCAUCCUCACCUCCUCCGGACCUGGUGCUGGAGGUGUGCGGGCGUCGCCUGCGGGUCCACAAGGCCGCCUUGGCAGCGGAAAGCGACUACUUCAGGGCACGGGCCUCGCGAGAGGUGCUGCGGGUGUCAGGGGUGAGCUUCGGGGCGGUGCGGGCGCUGCUGGAGUUUGCCUACACCGGGAGGAUGGUGUCAUCACUGGGGCCGGAGAACCUGGGCGAGGUGGCGAGCGGGGCCCGGGCCCUGCAGAUGCCCUCUGCGCUCCGCUGUGCUGCUGAGGAGAUGCAGGGCCAGCUCCGCCUGGACACCUGUCUGCCUCUGCUGGCCCUGGCCAAGAGGCACCGCCUGGCCCCACUCCGGGAGGCUGCCUACCGCUUCAUGAGCCACCACUACCUCCAGGUCCUCCGGCAGCCUUCUGUCUAUGGGCGGCUCAGUGGCGCAGAGAGGGAACUCAUCCUAAGGCGGCGCUGGGAGGCCGGGCGGCCCUGUCUCUUAGCGGCUGAGGUGAGCGACGCCUUCGAGAGAGCUGCCUUGGCCGGGUCCAGACCCCCGAGCAGAGAGAGCAGUCGGCCCCAGAGCCCUUCCUCAGUGAUGUCCCUGGAGGAGAGUGGUGCCUUACUCCACUGCUACCAGGAGGAGGCCCAGGAGUGGAGGGUGCUGACCCAGUUGCCUGAGGAGGCCAGAGCCAAGGGCUGUGCCAUGUGUGUCCUCUACAACUACCUCUUCCUAGCUGGGGGCAUUGCCACUACUACUACCGCCACUACUCCAGGGCCCCCGAAGCUCUCAGACAAGGUCUUCUGCUACAACCCCUUGACCGACACCUGGAGCCAAGUGAAGCCCAUGGGCCAGCCCCGCUCCCAGCUCAAGCUCCUGGCCCUGGACGGCUGCCUCUACGCCAUUGGUGGGGAGUGCCUCUUCACUGUUGAGAAGUAUGACCCGCGGGCUGACCGCUGGAGCCCCGUGGCCCCCUUGCCCAAAGGAGCUUUUGCCGUGGCCCAUGAGGCCACCACCUGCAACGGGGAAAUCUAUGUCUCUGGGGGGUCCCUCUUCUACCGCCUCCUCAAGUACGACCCCAAGCGGGAUGAGUGGCAGGAGUGCCCUUACAAUGCCAGCCGGAGGCGCUCGGCUGACAUGGUGGCCUACAAGAGCUGCAUCUACCGCUUUGAUGUCAGCAGUGGCCGGGGGGAAGCGGGCCAGGCUGGGGCAGUGGAGGUCUUCCGCUACAACACGGUGGCCAAACACUGGGGCCAGUGUGCCUCCUGGCGCCCCUCUGGCAGCCCCCUCCAGCCUUUCCGCUGCGCCGCCUUGGCCAACACCAUCUACUGUGUCAACCGGACUGGUGUGCUGCGCUUCCACCUGGCCCAGGAUGGGCAGCUGGAAGCUGACGGCAGCCUCAAGGGCACCUUUGACCCUGAACUGCUCAAAGCCCCCUUGGAUGCCAAGGGGCUCCUUCUCCCCUUCGUCCUCACCCUCCCAGAGAAGGAGAAAAUGGCAGAGCCGGAGAGCCCACUGACAUUGUGAGAGCCAACCCGUUUUUGGAAGGGGCACACAGGCCGUGUCACUUAGGAGUUUAUCACACUGGGGCUGAUUUUGGCAUUAAAGAGAGAGUAAAGUGCAUUUAAAAGCACCCAGCACAUGAAGUGAAAAUGGCAACUAAUUGCACAAAUGAUUAUCACAAACAAUUGUGCAAAUAAAGGGAUAUGGGAAAUGCAUUGUCGCUGAAAUCCUGAAAGUAAAAAGAUGCAUGUUAAUGUGUCUUUGGAACCACUUUAAUGGCGGGGUUUGUGCACUGUCGUGUGAAAUAAUUUCACAUAAUUAUGCGUUUUUUCCAGGAUAUUCAUGUGAUGAACUCCCGAUCUCCUUCGUGUGAUAAACUGGUUAGACUGCGCCAUUGGGUGGUGUCAGUGUUGCCAGGCGUCUUCUGAGAAAAGGGCCAGGGCAGGAACAUGGCCUUCCACUCUUCUUCAGUAGGAAUGGUGGUUGAGGUGCCAAACCUAGUAUAACCAGCAGAGGUAGGAAAUCACCCAUCUGACACCAGCUUUCUUUCACCAAUGGAAACAAAAUGGAAAGGCAUUGCCACAAAUUUCCUUAAUUUACAUAUGCAUGCACCCCUUUGGAGACUUCCUGCAUCCCACUGACUGGACAGCCCUAAAUGUUCAGAGCUUUCUUAGUAUGCUUCAUGUAAGAACAAGCCUCCUGGUGUUUAUAUAAACCAGCCUGUGAAAAGCUGGUUGAUUCAAAUGAAUUGUUGUACAGUCUCUGUGCCACUUUCCGGUCUCAAAGUAUUCCGGGGUUGCAUCAAAAUCAGGAAAGAGGCAGCUUUGAAAUGAGUUGCAGUUAUAGGAUUGUUCAUACUGUACAUACACAUCUUUGAAAGGGGAUCUUUUUUACAUCCUCUUUCUUUUUCUCUUGUAUUCCAAUAGCAACUUGUGCAAAGAAAAGAAAAAAAAAAACCCCUGCAAGCAAUGAGUGGGGUUUAGAAAAAAAUAAUAACAGGAUGAUUCAACACUUCUUGUGUUACAAGCAGUGGAUGAUCAUAUGGGUCACAAUUUUUUUUCUUUUAAAAUGUUUAAUGGAGUCUUUAUGGAAAGCAUGGCAUUGUGCAACCUCAGGAAAUUGUAACCACAGUACACAAUUUAGCAAAGGCCAGACUCAAAAGGUUUGAAACACAUAAAACUUCUCCCAUGUGUACAUACUGGGAAAAGAAGGAAACUAUAGCAAACACAUUAAUGGAGCUACAGAAUUCUACUU